GAAAAUGGAGUGUUGAAUUAAUUUCCUUAGCACAAAACCCUUGCCCUUAAACCCUACAUUCCGUCUUUGUCGUCUUCCCAUCGGAGAUGGCGAUUAUGAGAACCAUUAGCCGUUUAAUCCUCCGGAAACCGUCGCCAUCUCCUCUUCCACGGUCGCUGUCGACGGCGGCGCAGCAACCAAGACCUCGAAACACUAUUUUCUAUAAAGUGGUCGGCGCCAAAUCCAGUGUGGCGGACGCCAUGAACGAAUGGGUUGGUAGCGGAAAAAUAGUGAGGAGAGCCGAUAUUAUCAACAUCAGCAGCUACUUUCGCUCUCGGAAGAACUACCGAGCUGCACUACAGUUGUACGAGUGGAUGGAAACUAGCAAUAUUGCGCCGACCGCAGCUGAUCAAGCUAUACACAUUGACCUCCUUGGAAAGACUGAGGGUGUAGCUUCAGCGGAAAAAUACUUUGAUAGUCUCUCAGAGAAAACUAAUAAAACAUAUGGGGCACUUCUCAGCUGUUAUUGCAGGGAGAGGGUUUUGGACAAGGCUUUGGAGACCUUUGAGAAGAUAAAGGAAUUGAAUCACGUGAGCGUGCUAGAUUUCAACAAUGUGCUUUCACUUUACUAUAACUUGGAGAAGCCUGAGAAGGUUGUCUCUCUAGUGGAAGAAAUGGACGAGAAGAAUACCGCUCCAGACAUUUAUACAUACAAUAUGUUGAUCAAUAGUCAUGCUGCUCUGAAGAAUUUAGAUGCUAUUGAUGGAGUUUUGGAUAAAAUGGAAAGUUCUAAUGUCAAACCCGAUGUGUUUACAUACGGAAAUCUUGCCACCAUAUAUUUCAAUGCAGGGCUGCACGACAAGGCUAGUGCUUGCCUUGAACUGAUGGAGAAGAUGGAAGUUAAGAAAAAUACUGGUAGGGAAGCUUGUCGUACCCGCUUGAGGUUAUACUCUUUGAUGAAUGAUCUGCCUGGGGUUAAUCGAGCAUGGGAGGCUCUGAAGUUGGACGAACCAAAACCCUCUAACACUAGUUAUCUUUUCAUGCUUUUGGCUCUUUCAAAAUUGGGGAAUCAGGAAAACCUUGAGAAGAUCUUUAAAGAGUGGGAAGAAAGCUGCACCUUGUAUGAUUACCGGUUGCCAAAUGUGGUGUUGGAAUAUUACAUCUCUAGCAACAUGAUUGAAGAAGCUACCUUGCUCUACAAAAGACUGGCAGAAGGGUUGACAGACAGAGGGUCGACUCCAAAUUUGAAGACGAUGGAGCUGUUUGCAUCUCUUUGCUUAAAGAACUCUGAGAUAGAUUUGGCUCUUGAGUAUUUGGAUAAUGGAUUAGAAAAGGCGAAAUCGCGGGGCAGUAAGUGGUUUCCCAAUAAUGAAACCAUUGAAAAAUUUAUCAGUUAUUUUGAGGAGAAGAGUGAUACAGAGAGAGGUGCGAAGUUCAUCGAGAGCAUGAAGAAGCACAACCGUCUGAGCUCUGAAUCUUUGCUUUCGUACAUCAAAGCUACUGAAGCGGGAAGCUAAGCACGUUUCAAAUUUCUUGCAUCUUAGUGGAUGUUGCAAUCCGCGAGCUGAAAUCGAAGCUCGGAGAAGACGAUGCGGAGAAGGCGAAACUGGAGAUCAAGAUCGGCGCGGCGGAGGCGGACGAUCAGGAUCUGGACGGCGGCAGGGAAAACUGAGCUUCAAUUUUUGAAUUUGUGUUGAAUUGAGCAUAUCUGCAAGGUGAAAUCGAAGCUCGGAGAAGACGAUGCGGAGAAGGCGAAACUGGAGAUAGAGAUCGGCGCGGCGAAGGCGGAGGAUCAUGAUGUGGACGGUGGCGGGAAGAGGAGGAGGCGAGGUGGCCGAAUUCUGGCGACAAAUCCAGCUCCGCCGGAUCCAAUCCGAAGGAAAUCCUCGAAAUACAAUCAAAGGAAAAUCCUCGACGCCUCCAGACAAGCCCUCUCUCUCUCUCGUUCACGGUUUAACGCCGCCGCUGUUCACCGCGCUUCGCCGCUCCUGCUGUACGAAACUCCGAACAGCUUCGCUUCUCACGCCGUCGCUUCGCCGGAAGCUUAAUUGUUGAUUCGAGUAUGGAUUUGAGGUAUUAAACUUUGCAUUAUCAAUUGUGUUGGAUGUGAACUGAUUUUUAGUGAGAGAAAUUGCUACCUCUGUUUUUUCGCCGGAGCUCUGUGUAAAAGUCGACUAUUUUGAGGUUCAUCUUCACGAUUUUCGCUGUUUUUAUCAAAAUGCUU